UACGGCACCAUUUUGGAGGUCGUUCGACAUGGCACCGCUGUCUCCACUCUCUGCUACUCCUUGUAACUCUUCUCCUGAAGUCCCACACUCCCACAGUCAUAUCAACAUAACUAGACUAGAGAGAUGAACUCCGACAUGGUUGACCCGACCUUCUCCCGCCACGUGGCGGCGAUGCCUUUCCCGGGCCGAGGCCACAUCAACCCGAUGAUGAACUUCUGCAAGUUACUCUCUUCCAAACACCCCCAGCUCCUCAUCACCUUCGUCGUCACUGAAGAGUGGCUCGGGUUCAUCGCCUCCGACCCGAAACCCGACAACAUCCGCUUCGCCACAAUCCCCAACGUCAUCCCCGCCGAGCGCCUCAAGGCCUCCGACUUUCCUGCCUUUUAUGAAGCCGUCAUGACCAAAAUGCAAGACCCCUUUGACCAACUCCUUGACCGCCUCGAGCCGCCGGUCACCACCAUCAUAGCCGAUAUAGAAGUACUCUGGGGAGUUGAGGUUGGUAUCAAAAGGAAUAUUCCGGUGGCUCUGUUUUGGACCAUGUCUGCCAAAUUUCUUUCAAUGCUUCACCGUUUUAAUCUUUCGGAUCAUGGAGACCAGGAAUUGGAUCGAAUAGAAGAGCUUGGUGAAGUGUUUGAAGCAAAUGAUCCAAAGGUAAUGAAGCUUGCUCUGGAAUGCAUUGCCAUGGUUCCAAAAGCACAGUACCUUCUGUUCACUUCAGUUUAUGAGCUUGAAUCCCAAGGUUUUAGUACUCUACAAGCUGAGUUUGCUUUCCCUGUGUACCCAAUUGGUCCUGCUAUACCUUAUUUAGAGCUUGAAUAUGAAGCAAGUAGUGACAAUGGCCUUGACUGUCUAAAAUGGCUAGACUCCCAACCAAAAGGCUCUGUCUUGUACAUUUCAUUGGGGAGUUUUCUUUCGGUUUCGAGUGCCCAAAUGGAUGAAAUUGCUGCUGGGUUGAGGGAUAGUGGGAUUCGAUUCAUUUGGGUUGCGAGGGGAGAGAGUUCUAGGUUGAAAGAGAGGUGUGGUGAUAUGGGGUUGGUGGUGCCAUGGUGUGAACAAUUGAAGGUGUUGUGCCAUUCUUCUGUUGGGGGUUUUUGGAGUCAUUGUGGGUGGAACUCAACUCUUGAAGCUGUUUUUGGUGGUGUUCCGGUGCUUACUUUCCCUCUGUUCUUGGAUCAAGUGCCCAACAGUAGGCAAAUUGUUGAAGACUGGAGGAUUGGAAAGAGGGUUAGAGAGGUACAAGGUGAUGAGAGUUUGUUGACAAGGGACAAAAUUGCCAAGCUGGUGCGGAGAUUUAUGGAUCUUGAAAGCGAAGAUGGAAAGGAAAUGAGGAAGAGAGCGAUAGAGCUCGGGGAUUUGUGUCACCAAGCAAUUGCAAAAGGUGGUUCAUCUGAUAAGAACCUUGAUGGUUUUAUCAGUGAUAUAACCAAAGCUGCUGCCAUCAAGAGGACUGAUGUUCCUAUUUAGGUAGGUACAGCUUCCUUAUCAUUUCUAAUGUAGCAUAAUGUUUUGUAUGAUAGUGUAUCUGCAUGUCUAUACAUUAUGUUUUUGGUGAUGUGUGUGCAACCCCUACAAUGUAAAUUAGUCCCUUUGCUUUGGAAUCUGAAUUGGUGCUUGAAUGCUGGUAGUCUAUUCUGUUGGCAAUUUUGGCACGAUCUCAAACAAUCAGUGCUCUUUGGAGAGAGCAUCGCCAAGACAUCGGUUUCCUAGUGAAAAUGAUGAAGGAUAUCUUUCAACUGUUAGGUGUUAAGUUUUCAAGAUUGUUAUGUUAUUGGUAGAACUGUAAAGUGCAAAAUAUUGGUGGCGUUUAUGAGUAGCAUGUGGUAAUUGUUUGAAUCGCAUUUGUCAGAUGAACUUCCGAUCAUCUCAUAUUUUAAGUUAAGGUAAUCAAAUGGCAGA